AUGGCAGGGUUGUACAAGAGGAAGGAGGAGGGAGAUGAGAACGAGGUCCUUUUUGGUUCCACUCGAGGUGGAUGCUUAAGACUGAAAGGAGAUUUGAUGGAGAAGGAAAGGCCUACUUUGCAACCCCUGCCCCCACCCCGGAUUCCGACUGUGUUUGUGAUGGCCUAUGAGUUAGACCUGGACUCAGUGGCCUUUGAGGAUGUGGCUGUGAACUUCAGUCUGGAGGAGUGGGCCUUACUGGAGCCUUCACAGAAGAAAUUCUACAGAGAUGUGAUGCGGGAAACCUUUAGGAACCUGGCCUCCAUAGAGUGUAAAAUAUGUAAUAAAGCAUUCGGGUAUCCUAGUUAUCUUCACAUACAUGGAAGAACUCACACUGCAGAGAAACCCUAUGAAUGUAAAAUAUGUAGUAAAGAAUUUAGUUGUCUCGGUUAUCUCCAAAAUCACAAAAGAACUCAUAGUGGAGAGAAACCAUAUAGAUGUAAAGAAUGUGGAAAAGCCUUCAGGUGCUAUCAAAGUGUUCAAACACAUGAAAGAAGUCACACUGGAGAGAAACCCUAUACAUGUAAAAUAUGUACUAAAGCAUUCAGGUGUCUGAGUGAUCUUCGAAGAUAUGAAAGAACUCACAAUGCACAGAAACGCUAUGAAUGUAAAAUAUGCAGUAAAGCGUUUAGAUGUCCCAGUUAUCUUCAAACACAUGAAAGAAAUCACCCAAGAGAGAAACCCUAUGGAUGUAAAAUAUGUAAUAAAGCAUUCAUGUAUCCCAGUUAUCUUCAGAGACAUGAACGAACUCAUACUACAGAGAAGCCCUAUGAAUGUAAAAUAUGUAGUAAAGCAUUUAGGUGUCUCAGUUAUCUUCAGAUACAUGAAAGAAAUCACACAGGAAAGAAACCCUAUGGAUGUAAAAUAUGUAGUAAAGCAUUCAUGUAUUCCAGUUAUCUUCAAAGACAUGAAAGAACUCAUACUGUAGAGAAACCCUAGGAAUGUAAGGAAUAUGGAAAAUCCUUCAGUUAUCACACAAGCUUUCAAAGACACCUGACAGUGCACACAGGAGAGAAACCAUAUAAAAGUGUAGAAUGUGAUAUAAGCUUCAGUUAUCCCAGUUCCUUUCAAACACAUGAAGGAACUCGCUGGAUAAAAGCUCUUGAAUGUAAACAGCAUGGAAAAGACUUGAAUUGGCCCUCAUCCUUACAUGUGAAAAUUCCCAUGGAGAGAAAUAAACAUGUAAGUAACAUGAGACAGCUUAAUAGAAAUUAA